AUGAUUCGAGAAGGAGACGGAAAUAAUGGGCAAGGGUUUCAUUAUGAACCUGAAAACUAUGAUUCAGUUUUAAUUUGGCUCCAUGGAAAGGGAGACAAUGCUAAUAGUUAUUUGAGUUUUAUUCAAAUUGCUCAAAACUAUCCUGAACUAAAGAAGACUAAGAUUAUUCUUCCAACAGCAAAUGUAAUUCAUUUUAAGCGAUUUGGUUUUUCUGAUUGUGCAUGGUUUGAUAUGGAGGAUUUGAAGCCAAAUGCACUCGAAGAUUUAGAUGAUAUUAAUAAUAGUGUUUCCAGAAUAAGUGGAUUGAUUUCUCGUGAAAUAGAAAAGGGAAUCAAUCCUAAAAAGAUUUCUCUAGGAGGAUUUUCUCAAGGGUCUGCGAUAGUUUUCCUAAUCUCUAUGGCAUCCAGAAAGUACACACUGGGUUCCUGUAUUGUAGUAGGAGGCUGGCUUCCACUUACUGAAAGAGGAUUUAAAGAAGGUAAGGAAAGCAAAAUAGCAACAGAGGAACUCACUUUCGAUGUCAGAGAAUCUGUGAAAGAGCAUGUGGACUUUAUUGUCUUACAUGGAGAAGCUGAUCCUGUGGUACUACACCAAUGGUCUUUAAUGAGUAAUGAUUUUGUACUCAAAUAUAUUAAGCCUAAAAAAUUCAUUUACAAAUCCUAUCCAGGAGUUGUCCACACAAUCACUACCCAAAUGCUUGCCGACAUAUUUAACUUUUUAUCUAAAAGGAAUUAA